AUGGUCUCUGUGCAAUCUACCAAACGUGUGAAAAGAACCAGAAAGAAAAAGCAAAUACCUGCAGUCUGUUCUUCGGUUCGACAUUUAGCAGGAUCAAAGUGGUAUGAGUAUGGCGAUGAAGAACGUACUCAAAAGCCAGUUUCCGAUUUCGACCAUCUCAAAAAAGUUGAAGAGCAAGCAGGAAUUUUUUUGAGAAUAGACCGUGAUUUGCAUAUGCAAGAACAUGCUAAAAAAAAUGAAACUGAGUCAGCUUGGCUCAAUACAGUGCUGAUUCGUGGUACUGCUAAUGAUAAAGCGAUUGCUAUGCAAAUAUUGACUCAACGACAUCCUCUUCAUUCUCUUCCUCACAUUGCUGGAUUAAUUGCUAUGAUCAGCAAAAAAAAUACAAGAGAAGCGUUUUCUGUUCUAGGGUUGCUGAAGGAUUUGUUCAUUGAAGAACUGUUACCACCGAAACGAAAGUUGAUCCCAUUUUCAUCGAGGCCGGUUGAUCAAAUUAAUCCUUCAAUAUUAAAUGAAAAUCACAACUUGAAAAGAAAACUCAUGCUUUGGAAGUUUGAGUCAGAUUUGAAAGCUCUCUAUGAGAAGUUCAUCAUUUCACUCGAGCGAUUAACAGGAAUAAACGUGGAAAAAUUGAGUAUAUCUGCAUGUCGUUAUUCUCUAGAACUAUUACUUAAACGCCCGGAGCAAGAGCAAAAGCUACUCUCUUUGCUUAUUAACAAACUUGGACAUCCAAACAAAACUUUGGCUACACGUGUUUGUGGAUAUUUGCUGCAGCUCACUAGAAAACAACCCCUAAUGCGAACUGUUAUUGUAAAAGAGGUUGAAAGGCUUGUCUAUCGCAAGAAUAUUGCAUGCAGUGCACAGCUUCAUGCAGUUUCAUUUUUGUCUCAAAUAGAUCUCAGUUCUUGUGACCCAGUACUGCCAUCAACAUUAUUAAAUAUAUAUAUUGGAUUAUUUCGCAUGUUCGUUUCGAAUAAGCAGUUAGAUGACAGGAUACUGGGUAUCUUGAUUUCUGCUACUAGUCGAGUUUUCCCUUAUGCAAAAGAUGAUGCUGUAAAGCUAAUGAAAGAAGUGGAUACAUUAUAUAAAAUUUUGCACCAAUCAAGUUUUUCAACAUCGGUGCGGACUCUCAAGUUAUUAUACCUGCUUCUGACUUCAAGAGAAGGGAUUUGCGAUCGGUUUUAUGCAGCUCUCUAUCGACGAAUUAUCGACUUCGGACAUAGUACAAAUGUUAAUAGGCAGUUAUUCUCAUUACUUCACCAAGCACUUGAUUCUGAUCCUGAAGAACAUAGAGUGAUCGCGUUCAUAAAACGCCUUCUUCAGUUGUCUCUGUGCAGUGCUGCUCCUGUUGCUGCUUCAACGCUCAUUCUAAUAUCCAAAUUGAUUGAUAAGCGGCCUUCAUUAUUAAUAACACAAAAAGCAGCUGAUAUUACAAAGUUUGAUGAGGAUAUGAAAUCAGAAAUCGAUAGUGACGAUGAUGAGGUGUAUCAGGACUAUGAUCUUGUUUCGCCAGUCAGAAAAAAUCAGGCCUUGGCCUUCGAAGAAGAUGCAAAGGUGGAUGAAGCUGUAAAAUGUAACGGAGUAGUUGGAUGGGUUCAUAAAAAUAAUAUCGUGGUUAGAAAUAAUGCAUUGACCUACGAUCCACUAGCUAGAAAUCCUUUAUUUGCUAAAGCUAAUAAGAGCGUUGCUGCAGAACUAACGUUGUUGAGUAUGCAUUAUCACCCUUCUGUUGCUGUUUUUGCUUCAAAUUUAUUAAAAGGCGUAAAAGUGCGCUAUGAUGGUGAUCCGUUCCAUGAUUUCACACAGAUGCAUUUUCUUGAUCGUUUUGUAUUUCGCAAUCCGAAAACGAGAGAUGCAUGUUCGAAAGCUGUGCGGCGCAAAGCUUAUGAUCCACUAGGAGUUAGGAAGCUUUCAGUUCUUUCGAAGGAAUAUGCCGAAAAAAAUACUAAUGAAAUACCAAUUGAUGAGAGAUAUAUUCAUCGUUUUGCAUCUUUGAAAAUGAAAAUGAAGAAGCGCAGCGAAGACAAACGUGCUCAUGAUAAUGAUGACGAUGAUAUUGAAAGUGUCAACUCCGAUGAAUUUGAUUUAUUGCUCAAGCGUUUCGAGCCUGGUGAACGAAGAGAAGUAUUUGACAUUGAUUUUGGACAAGAAUUUAGUUCUGAAAAAGAAACGAAGGAAAUAGGAAGCCGGAAACGAUCCCACGAAAAUAAUGUAGAUGAAGAGGAUGAUUUGAGCACUGAUGUAAAUGAUGAGAUGGAAGAAGGUUGGACUGAAGAGGAGAUGAGUGAACCAGAAGAUUCAGAAGUAGAAUCAAGUGAUGAUGAAUUUAUACUGCAAAAGAAAGCAGCUGAUGACAGUGGUGAUUCAGAUGAUGACCUCAGAGAACAUCUUGAUUACGGAGAAGAUGCUGCAAUGAGUGCUGAUAAGUUUGCGACUAUGCUCGAAGAAGAGAAUGAAUCACGUUCUAGGGAAUCAAGAAGAAAAGUUAAAAAACCUCGAGGAUUUAAGAAACGAAAAAAAAAAUGA